AUGGAGAGCAGACGAUAUUUUCAAAGAGUCAUUACAGCAUUAAUUCUACAAGUUACAGUAUCAAUAUGUGAUACCUAUGUGACAUCAGCGAUGAUAGACUUGACAGGUCUUUGGACUGUCAUGAAUUCUGGUUCAAAUGGAACACUAUUUACUGUACAAGGAAAAGUUCCUGGGAACAUGUAUACUGCUCUUUUGUCUAACAAAAGAAUUGUAGACCCAUAUUACAUGUAUAAUGAUGACCAUUAUCGAUGGAUUCCAAGAGAAAAUUGGACAUACCAAAAAACUUUUCAAGUUUCAUCAGACAUAUAUACCAAGAGCAGAGUUAUUUUAUCUUGUGAUGGGUUAGACACCAUAGCCACAAUCAAAGUUAAUGGACAGGUGGUGGGAAAGUCUUCUAAUAUGUUUGUCAAAUAUGACUUUGACAUCAAAUCUGCCCUGAAGCUUGGUGUUAAUGAAAUUAGAGUCGAGUUUCAGUCAGCGAUUGAAUAUGCAGCUCAGAAAGCCUCAGCAAUGCCCCACGUAAUCCCACCCAAAUGCUCCAACCCGGCUCAGCAUGGAGAAUGUCACGUGAAUAUGAUACGGAAAGAGCAGUGUUCCUUCAGCUGGGACUGGGGACCUUCCUUUCCUACACAGGGAAUAUGGAAAAACAUAAGUAUUGUGGCCUUUGAUACAGCUGUGGUUGAAGCACUGACAGCUGAAACUUGGCAGGGUAGUGGUGCAGAUUCCUGGGUUCUGACUGUUGAAGUAUUCUUCCAGGCACACAGUCCAUCUCCAGUCUCAGGGGUUCUCCAGUUAACGAUGCAGGGGACAUCACUCCACAAUUCAGUCCCACUUACUUUAACCACAGGCAAAUCGCAGGUCUCGCUUAACUACACUCUGUCCAAUGUUAGUGCCUGGUGGCCUAAUGGGUAUGGCAGUCAGCCCCUGUACAAUCUGAAGGCUGUGUUCACUUCAGGUUCUGAAGUCUCCAGUAAGGCAGUACGAGUAGGAUUCAGAACUGUGGAGCUUGUCCAGGACCCCAUACCUAAUGCCACUGGAUUGACAUUUUACUUCAAAGUGAAUGGUGUACCAAUCUUCAUGAAAGGUUCUAACUGGAUCCCAGCUGACAGCUUCCAGGACCGAGUGACUGUGGACCGGUACAGAGAUCUACUCGGGUCUGCCAGACUCACCCACAUGAACUGUCUUAGGGUCUGGGGAGGAGGGAUAUAUGAGAAUGAUGAGUUCUAUGACAUCGCUGAUGAGCUGGGGAUUAUGAUCUGGCAGGAUUUCAUGUUUGCUGUGGCACUGUACCCAGCUGACGCAGACUUCCUCACCCUAGUCAAAGGGGAGAUAACCCAUCAAGUGCGAAGGCUUAAAUCACAUCCCUCCAUUUUGUUGUGGGCUGGAAACAAUGAAAAUGAAAAAGCUCUGGCACAAAACUGGUUUGGCACUCAGUCUGAAUUUGACCUGUACAAGAAGGAAUAUAUAGAUCUGUACAUCAACACUAUAGCACCUAUUGUACAGAGAGAGGACCCGUCUCGCCCUUAUGUGAGCUCCAGUCCAUCUAAUGGGAAGGAAACUGAGAAAGAGGGGUGGAUUGCCAAAGAUCCUGGUGACUGGCAUUACGGAGAUGAACACUUCUAUGACUACUUAUCUGACUUGUGGGACGUAAGCAAGUUUCCUAUUUUGAGAUUUGCCUCUGAGUAUGGAAUCCAGUCCUGGCCCUCAUUAGAAACUCUCUCCAAGGUGUCAGAGCCAUCUCAGUGGGACUACUGGUCUGAUUGGUGCGCUCACAGGCAGCAUCAUCCCAUGGGAAAUGUGGAAAUGAUGAGUGAAAUCAUUAGACAUUUCAGUCUGACCUUUAAUCCUGAUAAAAAGCAGAGAUUUGAAGACACCAUAUAUCUUACUCAGAUAAAUCAGGCGAUGAGCAUUCGUUGGGAGACAGAGCAUUACAGGCGCUGGCAGAGUCAGCUGGUGGACAGCUAUGGUUUAACUAUGGGGGCCUUGUACUGGCAGCUAAAUGAUAUCUGGCAAGCACCCACCUGGGCCUCCAUAGAGUAUGGAGGAAAAUGGAAGAUGCUGCAUUACUAUGCCAAAAGAUUCUUUGCCCCAAACUUGAUUUCCCCAUAUCUGGAUGGUAACAUCUUCAAAGUAUACAUGGUUGUUGACAAGCUGCCAGCUGACCUAGGGGAACGUUCAGGGCCUGUGCAGACCAAAACUACCUUCAGUCAUCGAAAGAUUGGUGACAAGCUGGGUUACCAGGUACAUCACAGUGUUCUACACAUGGACCAGCCUGUUAGCAGCCCCCAAGGGGAGGAUACCCUGUACAUCCGCAUGAUGUCCUGGGGGAGCCUCACUCCUCUCUAUACAUGGAAACAGAGCUUUACUCUAAACUCUACCUCAGACCUGGUGUUUGAGGCUGACCUUGCAGACAUGCUGACCACAUCUAAGUGUCCAGCAGGAACUGGCUGUGUUCUCUUCCUCUAUGUAAACGACUUGGAGACCGGUCCAGAUACUUGGUUCCCUCUGUCAUCAUUUAGCGAAGCUUCCCUUAAGGCUGCCAACAUACAGAUUACCAGCUUGACCCCAACUUCUCAGAGCUCCUCCACUUUUAACCUGACGUUGAGCACUGACAAUAUGGCUGCUUUUGUUUGGUUAGAGGCCACAGGAAUCCCUGGGACUUUUUUGGACAAUGGAUUUCUCUUUGCUACUCCCACAGUCAACAUAACCUUUACUGCAAAAGAAAAUGUAGACCCGGCUGCUUUGAAAGAGGCUAUUAAAAUAAAAUCACUUGUAGAUAUUUAUAAGUAUUGAGCACGAUGGGAAUUGAUGACCUUAAUUUUACCACCUAAUUACCAGCUUUUGGUAAAAUAUGCUACAGUUACUCCAUGAAAUGCUGUAUCAAGAUUAAUCGGUGAAGGGAAACUCUUAUAUAAGAAAUCUUAUUAAUUAUCGUUUGUUAUUCUUCCACAAUUGAGCUGCAGCACUCAACAGUGAAACCAAUAUUGGAGUAAAUUGUUCAGUUAUGCUUUCAAACACAAAUGCUUUGCAUAAAUGUUAAUUAUGAAGUGUAAAUUAUUCUUGUGAUUGAAAUAAUUUACAUGUGCUCUACCUCUACAGCGGAUAAAUUUUCUUCCAAAUAAAACCAUGUGCC